UUAGGCUGUGAAGCAGUAUGUCACAGCGGGCGAGGCGCUAAUAAAGCGCGCGCGCGGCAGCUCCAGAGUCAAAGCAACAGCUGUCACUCUGACAGGACGCUCUUUUCUUUCUCACUCACCAGAUUUUCUGUUCACACACCGUUAUUUCAAUGCAACGAUGUUACUGAAACGUUUACAUUUUACAGUUAUGUCACAGUGCAGCUUGUCUGCUCCGAGACUAUUUUUAAUACUCCUGUUAUUAGAUGCGCUGGAAGCGAGGGAGCUGCCCAGCUGCAAAGAGUCAGAUUACCACUUUGAGUACACAGACUGUGACGUUCUGGGGUCCAGAUGGAGAGUGGCGAUACCCAACAAGCCUGACACAUGCACAGGCCUCCCUGACCCAGUUAAAGGAACACACUGCACAUUUUCCUGUAAGGAAGGUGAAUACCUGGACAUGAAGACACAGGAGUGUCAGAAGUGUGCAGCAGGGACCUACUCCCUGGGUACAGGAGUGGCCUUCGAUGAGUGGGACAAUCUACCUGCUGGUUUUAUCAGCCAUGGCAUCAAUAUGGACAUAGGAACCAGCUACUCUAACUGUUCCAAUUCAACUUGGACUCCUAAGGGGGACUACAUAUCCUCUAACACAGACGAAUGCAGCUCCACAUUGUCGUAUGCUGUGGAUUUGAAACAGCCUGGCUCUGUCACUUUCCAGUACUUCUAUCCUGAUAACAGCAUCUUCUUUGAAUUCUAUGUUCAGAAUGACCAGUGUCAGUCUACUGAUUCUCAGAGUCGCUGGAUGAAGGUUUCUGAGAAUGACUGGGAGUAUCACUAUGUGCAACUGAAUAGUGGGAACAAUGUUCUAUACUGGAGAACCACUGGGUUCUCUCUGUCUUACAGCGGUGCUGUUAAACCGGUUCUGCUGAAGAACAUCGCUAUCUCAGGGGUUGCGUACACAUCUGAAUGUUUUCACUGUAAGCCUGGUACCUACAGUGCUGAACCUGGAGCUGCCCACUGCACCCCCUGUCAAGCCAACACCUACUCCAAUAAGGGAGCUACUGAAUGCCAGCAGUGUGAAGAAGAGAAAUAUUCAGGGAUCGGGUCAGGAACAUGUCAGCAAAGGCCACCCUGCACAACCAGCGACUAUUUUUACACUCACACUCCUUGUGAUUCCAGAGGACAGACACAACUAAUGUAUAAAUGGAUUGAACCAAAGAUCUGCAAUGAGAAUGCAGAAGGAGCAGUGAAUCUUCCAGCGUCAGGAGAAAUGCAAACCUGUCCCCCAUGUAAUCCUGGAUUCUUCACUAGCAAUUCUUCAUCUUGCCAACCCUGUCCACAAGGCUUCUACUCCAACGGAACAGCAUGUUCAGAGUGUCCUGCUGGAACAGAGCCAGUGAUGGGUUUCGAGUAUAAAUGGUGGAACAGGAUGCCCAGCAACAUGAAUAGCUCAGUCUACAGACGAGAGUAUAGCGGCACUCAGAGAAGCACAGGAUGGGAGGUAGCUGGAGAGUACGUCUACACCACACCUGGAGAUUUGGACUCAGACUACAUGAUGCUAACACUUUCUGUACCUGGUUAUAGCUUGCCCUACUCUUUGGAUAAAGAUAAUGAGAGGGGAGAACUUUCUAGAAUCACAUUUGUCUUUGAGACCAAGUGCACAUCUGACUGCGCACUUCAUUUCAUGACAGGCUUGAAUGAGAGGAACAAUCGUGUGGUGGAGACCUGGAGAGGCACUAUCGGGAAGCAGUCCUAUUCUUACCUUAUUAAGAGCAAUCUUACUGUGAGCUUUACCUGGGGCUUUCAGCGCACUGAUACCUACAGUAUGGAGAGGCAGUACAGCUCAGACUUCGCUAAGAUCUACUCUAUUCAAAUUAGUAAUGUGAUUGGAGGAGUGGCCUCUCAGUGUCGACAGUGUGCACUAGACUCCUCUCAGGCAGACUCAGCCUGCGUCUCCUGUCCUCCUGGACACUACAUGCUACAUGGCACUGGAAUAUGCAGGAGCUGUCCACCAAACACCUUCAUAAGGCCUGAGCAGCCUGUGGGAGAGGAAGCCUGCAUCCCAUGUGGACCUAAUACUAAGAGCAACCAAGCCCGCUCAGCCUGCGUGAGUGACUGCACUCUGGCUAUGCAGCAUAAAAGAGAAACUCUGCAGUAUGAUUUCUCUCACCUGGCCAGUGUUACUCAUUUUCACAGCAGUCCUCGCUUCACCAACAGAGGCCUUCGUUAUGUGCAUCAGUUUAGUGUGGGGCUUUGUGGUACAGAGGACCGUGUUCUGGCUUCCUGUGUUGAUAAUGUAACGGAGAGCAGGAAGGAGGUCAAUGGUUAUGUCUGCCAGUCAAUCAUAGUGCCUACCGAUGUCAGAGGUCAAAGUGUGGUGUCCUCACAACCCUUUAUUAUUGGAAGCACAUUGAUUGGUGUAACCACUGACUCCACACUUGAUCACAUCUCAUCUUCUGGGAGUACCUUCCCUUCACAAUCUGAAUUGCCUGAUGUCAUAUUUUACUACCGGGCAAGUGAAACAACACAGGCAUGUAAAAAUGGCAGAUCAUCCUCUAUCAGACUCAGAUGUGAUCCCACAGUGACGGCAAUGGAUCAGAUUUCCUUACCAAGUAAAUGUACAGAGGGAACAUGUGAUGGCUGCUCCUUCCACUUCCUGUGGCGUUCUCAGUAUGCCUGUCCUCUAUGUUCUGAGAGGAACUAUAAAGAGAUAGUGAGUGCCUGUAUAAAUGGAAUUCAGAGGACUACCUAUGUGUGGCAGCAGCCUUUGCAAUGUACAGGUGGAGUGCCUCUGCCAGAUCCACAGGUUAGUGCUUGUGUCACUUUGGACUUCUGGCUCAAAUUUGGUGUUUCUUUUGGAUCUGUGGCAGCGAUACUGCUCAUCACCAUCAGCUGCUACUUCUGGAAACGGACACGCAAGCUGGAGUAUAAGUACUCAAAGCUGAUGAGUGCAGAGUCAAAAGAGUGUGAGCUUCCUGCUGCCGACAGUUGUGCCAUUAUGGAGGGAGAGGAUGCAGAAGAUGAUCUCAUCUAUCUCACCAAAAAAUCAUUUUUCACCAAAAUUAAAUCUUUCACCAGAGAGAGAACAUCAGAUGGCUUUGACUCUGUCCCUUUGAAGUCAUCCUCAGGCAUGGAGAUGGAAAUGACCUAGACCUUUAAGCCGGUAAUAGACAAUGGGAGCUGCUCUAUGAAAUCCUCACACUCUGAACAUCAUUGCUUCUUAUGAUGGCCUCUUCAUAAAUAUAAGAAAGAACCACCAGGAGUGAUUGGAGAGAUCCAUAUUUCAUAGGGAUAUUUUUGAGUUUUCAUUUUAAAGUUUUUUUUUUUAUUGAGCACAGCAAUUUGUUUGACCUUCUUUCAUUUAUGAUUUGUGUGUCAAUAUAAAUAAAGACAAGAAGCAUGAGAGUUCUGUAAAUUCUUGAUCACAGACAGUCUUUGAGGAAAACCUAUUUGUCCAGUACAUCAUGUCAGGUUAGUUAGUGUUAGUUAAUGUUAAGGUUAGCAGAUAUGAGGACUUUCGUGAGAAAUGUUUACUUCUGCAUUUGUUCUCUUUCUAGCACUGUAUGCAGAGCAGGAUUGCCUUCUAUAACAUCACUGUAACCCUAAUAACUACUGUUUCUAAUGUAAAGCCAUUUCACUUGAUUGUCUUGAUUGUUGUCUGUACAGAAUGUGAGUUAUAUAAAAACAUAUUUG